AGUGAGUGCGGGCGAUGGGCAACACCGUCCCGCGGAAGACCACCGACGAGGCCUCGCCGUCCGUCCACGGCCAGUGCCUUGACUUCAUUCACCGCGACGACAGAUACCAGCUCUACGACGAGGCCAAGGACAUCGGCCGCCUCAGAACCGCAGCCCGCUUCGUCGGCAAUGACCACUUCCCUGCCCAGACGCUCCGCAGCCGACUGAAUUGGUCACUCCAUCGCAUUCGACUCGCCGAUGGGACUCAACUGGACACCGUGAUAGCCUUCGACCCGCAGUCGGUGACCGAGGCGCGGCUGCUGCUGGCGGCCAUGUGGAUGGUGGAGCAGCAGAGGUGGCAGGAGGUGGCUGAGGUGCUGCGGUGGGCCAGCCAGUGUGGCUGCUGCACGCUGCCCGUCAGCCUCACUGCGGCCGACAUCAACAAACACGCCGACAAGACGGUGGGACUAACAGGGCGGGAGGGAGAAAUGGCCCUCAUUUGCUCAUCCAUGUGUGUAUGUGUUGUCCUGCGUGUAGGCGUAUGUGUCGCUUCCCCGUGUGUUGGCGCAGCUGAUGGUGGUGGGGCGUCAUGUGGACUUCGGUGACGGCAGCCGGCUGGAGCUGUUCCGCCAUGGCCAUGAUGAGGUGCGGGCCAUCAACGACCAGCCCGGCUUCCGGCUGGAGGUGGACCCGCCCCUCCCUGCCGGCCACCUGUACCGGCAGCACCGACUGCAGGAUCACCCUCCUGUGCAUAGCCGCAUCUACUCGAGCCUCGGCUUCACCUAUGCGUCGGCGUCGUCGUGCGCCAAGCGUUUGAUCCUCGACCAUUUCGUUCAGACUCGCCAGACCAAUCUCAGAUGGAGACUCCUCAACAGGUACCCACCGAUGGCACCAGUGGGUGAGAGGGGUGCGUGUCUGAUUGUGUGUGCGUGUGUGGUGUUGUUGCUUUAGGUAUGUUGGCGGCGGUCGUCUGCAUGCCCUCCUCAACCAGUCGCCCCACACACUGAUGGACGGAUGCACCACCACAUUCAGCCAGGACGGUGAUGAGCGAUACCUGGUGCUCACCAACAGCAGCCACACCUUCGUCGUAUGGAUUCACAUCAGCGACUAUGGCAACAGCGGUCAGGUCGACAGACAGGCAGCUCUGCUAGUCACGUGCCACUAAUGUUCUCUCCCUUGUGUGUCUGCAGUGUGGGUGAGUGUCCAUACGACCGAGGCGCCUGUGUCUGGUGUGCAUGUGGGUGGUGCCUUCAAGGGCCGCUUCCCCCAGACGACCGCCCUGGCUCGUGUGGUGCUGGAGGCUGUGGGGCCUUACGUGUUCGACGGACAGCAGCCGCCGCAGCAGCCACAGCAGCCGCCGCAGCAGGGGGGCGACGACGGUGACGAUGGUACGGACAGACAGAGGGAGGGAGGGAGAGAGAGAGGGAGGGACACACACAAGAAUGGAUGGAUGGAUGUGCCUUCUCUGUUUCUGCGGUGGUGUAGAUGAGGACGGCGGUGGUGAGAGUGAGGCUGAUGACUAUGACGACGAUGACGGUGGGGAGAGAGCAAUGCACACACACACACACACACACACACACGUGUGGAUGGAUGGAUGGAUGGAUGGAUGGUGCAGAUGGAGACGUUGAUGAUGGUAGCGAUGACGAUGACGAUGAUAUGGAUCCCAACGACUGACAAGACGGCAACGGAGGUACGCAUCACAGCACAGCACAAAUUCCCUGGCUCCUGUCGAUCUGCCUCACUUGUGUCUGAUUGUGUGUGUGUGUGUGUGUCUGUGUUGAUCAGGUAGCGACGAGUACUCGGAGUGACUCGUAAGGCGGACACGGCAAUGGGGGCAAGAAGAGCUGUCGAGGCUGUCGAGUGCCCACAUACAGACAGUGUGAUGAUACGUGCAUCGGUGCGUGGGGGUGGAGAACAGAUGGCCUUCAUGGCUGGCUGGCUGUUGGGGGCUAUGGUGUGUGAGAGUGUGGCCGCAUGUUGAGAAGAAUUGAGCAGCCCACCAGCCGAGCCGCUGCGUGUGGGUCUACACACGGGUUUUGUUUUGGCAGUGAGAGUGCGAGGCGCCACACAGACCCAUAUGGACUGUCUGACGAGGGAGGGAAACCAGGAAGGGACGCAGCACGUCCCUGACCUUGUCUUCCGACACACACACACACACACACAGAGCAUCCUCUCUCUCUCUCAUCCAUACGUCGACUCUUUGUGUACAGCACACACACGCGUUAGAGCUUUGUAUGUAUGGAUUGGAUGUCCAUUUUUGGCGGGGCCGACUGUGUGCGCACGGGUGCAAUUGACCGGUUGAAGCACUCAUCUAUCUUUUAAUGAGGGGUGUGUUAGACUCAGAGGACAGAGGAGCGCACCCAAUCGAUGUAGGACCACCUGCUGACAGAGAGGGAGGGAGGGAGUGGUGUUAGCAAGACCAUCCAUUCAUCGCAUUGUUUGCUCCAUACAGACAGACAUGGCAGUGUGUGUUUCACACUCGUUGCCCAUCCACUCACACUUCACCACACCACACAGACAGACCGCGGCCAUGCAGUCAGUCAUUUUUGCCUUAGUGUUGGUCGGGGCGGCUUCCUCUCUCUCUGUGCGUGUCGCUUUGACUUCAUAUCUUUGUGACCCUCUGCAUGGCACUCGGUACGGUCGCCGAGGCGCUUUUGCUGAGGGCUUUCGUGUGCACAGCCAGACACACUGACUGGAGUGAUGCGCUCCACUCCUCCUUAUUGCUCGUGGUGUGGGGAUGGAUGGCCAUGUGCUCAUGACAGGUGGGUCUCUGCUGCCUUGAUUGCCUCAGUUUGGCUCUCUCCCGUCCCCCUCCCUCUCUCCCUCCCUCCCUCCCUCCCUCUGUCUGUCUGUCUGUCUGUCUCUGUGUGUCCGUAUUUGUAUGUCCUCUGUACACCAAUACAGACGUAUGUACAUACGAACACACAUUAGGUGUAUACACAUCACACAUUCCUGCGUCCACGACCUCCUUCUCGGACUGUGUGGCCUGUUCGUGGCUUCCUCUCUGCUGACGAUGGCUGGCUUCUCUCUCUCUCUCUCUCUCUCCGUGAAUGAAUGGCUGGAUCGGCCUCUUUCGC